AUGUGUGACCUACAGAUUAAUGUUCCAAUACAUGAGACCGGUAGUAAGAACCCUAGUCAUGUGGUGCCGCAGCACAAUGCUCCGCUUAUUUGGCAAGCGGCGCGUGCCGCCGGGCGCCGCCCUAUGCCCCAGGCCGUAAGGUGCUCUUUGGGCGGACCGCGGCAGCGAACGGCCCGCGGCCGCGUAAUUCACGCCGCUGCGUUCAUCAUGCAAAGCGGCCUGCGCCCGCCGCACGCCAAAGAGCACCGAACGCCCCACGACUUAGGGUCCCUUUUGGAGCGCGCCGCGGCCGAUCCGAGAGCGGGGGUGUCGGCCAUCGACUAUAGGAAUUUGAAUGUGCACCGCCGG